AUGCUUCAGGUUGCCACGCUAAACCUUGCUAACUGGCUCGGCAAUCAGCCGGAUGAGAAACAGCGCUUUGCACGUAUGCUUUGUGAGGGCAUGAAGGACUGUGGGUUUGUCAGAUUAGUUAACCACGGAAUAACCGACGAUAUCAUCGACAAUUUGGAGGAGUGUAAAACCAAAUUCUUCUCUUUGCCUACAUCAGAGAAGAUGAAGAUAGUGAACCUGCCUGGUCCAAAACCACAGAGAGGAUGGAGUGGCCUGGGGGUGGAGAAAACUGCUCAUCUGUAUAACCCCAAUAUCACGGAACCAUCAGGCUAUGAGGAUGCAAAGGAGCACUAUGACUGUGGCCCACCGCAGGACACCAUGUUCCCAAACCUAUGGCCAGAUGAGAAUCUGGUGCCUGGCUUUCGUACCUCCAUUGAGACAUUCUUUGUUCGAGCUGAGGCAAUCAGCAUGCACCUGAUGGAAGCACUAGAGGUUGGAUUCGGGCUUUCCCCUGGUGCUUUCACUCGCCUCUGCGAGGGACACAACGGUGAGCUACGGGUGAACCACUACCCCAGCAUUCCAGCUUCGAGGAUCUCAAACGGCUCGACAAACCGGAUCUGGCCGCAUGUUGACUUUAGCAUUAUCACGCUUCUCUUUCAAGAUCAGACUGGUGGCUUAGAAGCAUGGGACAGUACAUCAGAGACGUUUGCCCCGUUACUGCCGGGAUCGAAAAGUGAACUGUUGGUCAACUCAGGCAAUAUACUCCAGCGGUGGACAAAUGACGUGAUUAAGGGUGGCCUACACCGUGUAGUUUUGCCGCUUGAGUAUGGUGAUACGCUUCCCCAGCGCUACUCAGUAGCGUAUUUCAUGAAAGCGCCACGAGACAAGAGUGUGGGGUCUCUAGAGGCGUUCGUGAAGGAUGACAAGCCAACAAAUUAUAGCAAUAUUACGAUUUUGGACUAUCAGAAAGCAGAAGGCCCUCGGCCGGAACAUUACCAUGGUGAAUGCUUCGCACAUUACGAGGCCAGUCGGACAGAUUUCGGGAACUGUCUCGCGGUGGCGGAGAGCCCAACGCUAAGCACAUCCUGGACAGCUCCUAUGAUCGCGCUGAAGAUCCGCCAGAGGCUUGAACAGCUGCCAGGCGACAAGUUCCACAUUGGAGACCGGCGGCUGCAGGAGGGCAGGCAUUUAAUGGGCACCCUAGACAUGGCGCCAGCGUUUGAUGCGGAUACGCUUUAUGUGAAUGACUGGGUGAAGAACCCGUUUCAGCAGGUCAGCUUUGGCUUUGAAUCGGCUCGGUUCUGGCAGCCUUUGGAGGUGGAGACAUUACCUGUCAAGAACUUGGCCAGUUGCUAG